UCCGGCAGGGGUUCCGGACAGCAUUCGGGGGACCGCGCCCGGGGGACAGCGACGGGAGACAGCGAAGGAGGAUAGCGUCCGGGCGACAGCGACGGGGGACAGCGUCCAGGGGACCGCGUCUGGCGGUCGCCCUCUGCGUUCGCGCUCCUGCGGGAAGGCCGGCGGCCCGGGUACAUGGCGGCGUCGGCGGCUCUGUCCGCGGCGGCCGCGGCGGCGGCCCUGUCCGGCUUGGCGGUGCGGCUGUCGCGCUCGGCCGCGGCUCGCGGCUCCUACAGCGCCUUCUGCAAGGGGCUCACUCGCACGCUGCUCACCUUCUUCGACCUGGCCUGGCGGCUGCGCAUGAACUUCCCCUACUUCUACAUCGUGGCCUCGGUGAUGCUCAACGUGCGGCUGCAGGUGCGGAUCGAGUGAGCGCCCGCCCGGCGCCGGGCCACCGGCAGGGCGGCC